AUGUCGGCGCUCGAUGAGAAGGCCGUCGCCAACGGCGGUCAGCCCAGAGCUAGUGCAUCAGUACCCCCGCUGGACGGUCAGAUCCUGACCGGCAAGCAGGAGCACUAUCUCAAGCGCGAGCUCAUCUCUCGACAGGUCCGCGGCGAAAUCUCCGAGCUCAACUCCCCAACUGCGUUGCAGCGCUUCGGCGCACCCUUUCGAUCGGACUUCGGCGAAGUCGCCCCGAUCGACUCAGAGCUCCCGAUUUUAAGAUACAUCUUCGUGCAUCAUGUCCGCAACUUCCCAUUCCUCGAUCAGGCGCAGGAGAAACAGUUUUGGCAGGAUAAGCUACAAGUGUUCCUCGAGUCCUUUGCCAACAAGCAUGUCUCGUCCUCGGAGGAUCGCCUGGAGGAGACCAAGCGGCGGAAACUGGCUCGCAAGAGCGAGAAGCUUGUGGAGCUCAUGAUGGUUUCCGGCGUGCCGACCGCAUCGGGCUAUGAGGAGCGUAUCCAGUUCUCGGAGAUGGAGAUUGUUGAGCGCGGCGCGAAUGACAAGGGUCUGCUAGUCAACAUGCCCGAGGGCCAUGCCAUCAAUGGCUGGGACGUCAAUGUUGCAGCGGUGCGGGUGACGUCGGUGAAGCGGACGGUCCGGUAUCACCCUCACGCGGAAUUCAUCAUCCGAGUGCGCCGAGAAGGCAAGGAGGAGUUCCACAUUGGCCGAAGAUAUGGCGAAUUCGUCAAGCUCCAUCGCAGACUACGUACCGAGUUCCCUGGCAAGCACUUGCCACCGCUCCCUCGCAAGAACAAGUCCUCGACCACAUCCAGCUGGUUCGGAUCCACAGAAGACGACAACGAAUCGGUCUCCUCCGUCUCUACUCAAGAUGCUAGUGUAUCAGACGAGCCAACCUCAAGCACGGGCCAAACAUUGACGGUUGAAAGUGUUGUUCGCCGAUCAGUCUCGAAAAGCUCUUUGCGAUCCUCUAAAUCCCCGGGUGUAUCAACGGAAGUGGUGUCACGACAGACGGUUCUGUACCGCGAGGAACAACGUGUCUCUCUUCGUGCCUUCCUGCGUACCAUACUGCAGAACAAGCGGGUUGCCGAGUCCAAGGCUAUGCAGGAGUUCUUGACUGCCAAGCCUAUCUCAUUAAACGAGGAGGAAUUGAUCGAUGUGAAACGACGCAAGGAAAUGGAUGCAGUCAGAAUCGAGGAGCAGAAACGCUUCUACGAAAUCGCCAGGCAACGAGCCGCCGAGCUAGAUGUCUACAUGGAGCAGUUCCGAAGGGACAUUGUGGAGAGCAAUGGUCUGACAAAGCUCUUUGCUGAGAUUCGGGAGAAACCCUGCAUUGCCGAGCUCAGCCCGCAAUACCAAAAAUUCGCCGAAUGGCUGCGGAUAGAGGUUGCUGCAACCGUCUACCACCUGUUCCUCGCCGAAGACAAUUCUCCCGAAAUGUUCGCACAGGCCAAGCGAAUCCAUGGCCUUGUCCCUUACACAUUGAUGAAGAAUGUCAUUCGUAUCGCCAACCCAGCGGCGGUCAUGUCUGGUGUUCUGGACCUGUUCCUUGCUCAACCUUUCGGCUCACGCUCUCUCUUGCAGCGAAUCUUCUCCAUGACGCUUAAUGAGGGCAUCAAGGACUUCCAGAAAUCCAUUAAUUCUCUGACUGCCAAGGUUGAAGACACCGUGUUGACCCAGAAACUCAAGAGUUUCGUGGAUGCAGAAGAAGAUAUAAAGAACAUCAUCCGAGAGGAGGCCGAGGCGGAAGACGUCGACCUUAUCGUCGCUAUUCUGCGCUCUGAGCUCAUUCCACCCGAGUUGACUCCUGAGCAAAUUGGCAAGGUGUUUAAUAGUUGGGUGGCAUGGAACUACGCGGUUGACCAUGUCGAUGUGGAAAUGCAGCAGGGGGCUCAGUGGUUCGCCAACAUGAAGCAGCUUCUGAAGCUGUACACCCGUCAACGCGACAAGGCGAUGAUGCUCAGCAUCGUGGAGGAGCCCGCCACCCUCCAGCUAUUCCGUGACCUCUUCACCAUCUUCUACGAACCACUCGUCCGGGUGUACAAGUCCGCCAAUGUGUAUAGCAGCAUUACUGACUUCGCCUUGUUCGCCGACGAUGCGAUCUCGGUGAUCGAGAGCGCCCAGCGCCAAGAUGCCUCAGCCGACCCGAACCAGACCGUACAGGCCUUUAUUGAUUUGUGCGCGCGCCACGAGGACAACUUUUACAAGUUUAUCCACGAGGUGCAUUUGCACGAUAACGGGCUGUUCCAGUCCUUGAUGUCCUGGAUCGAGGAGAUCCUCGAGUUCCUGCGCAAGGGGCCACGGGGUGGUAAGAUGGAUAUGAAUGCCAUGUUCCAGGGCGCCGUGGGCGUCGGCCAGAUUGACAAGGAGGUUGCGCUGGAAGAAAUUAACGCCCUGAUCAAGUGGCAGGAGGACCGCAAGAGAUGGCACUUGAACAAGACGCGGCAGAAGAUGGCCGCUGAAGGUACAGCCGGAGAGAUGAUUCCGGGCACGAGCACCUUCAACAGCAGCGACUUUGGUCUAGACGAGGCCGACCUCGAAGACCUGACCAUCUCGGACGCAGCCUCCGACUCCGAAGACGAAGACGAGGAAGACGACGAGGACGACCCGAUCGCAGUCGAACGCCGUCGCCGCAUCAAGAAACAGGAUCAACUCCGCCGCACAGCCGGCGAGCCCGUCAAACCAGACGUGACCGAAGUCCUGAAACUGAUGGAUCCAUUCGUGGCGAUGCUGCGACAAGUCCUGGCUGACUAG